GGUGGUGAACUUGACAGCAGGAGGAUCAGCUGAUGGGAACUGACUCACCACUUCCCGGACUGCAUGAAAAAAAGCAGCGAUCUGCUAACAGCUGAAAGAACAACUAAAGAGAAGUUCUCCUGUUUGUGCUGAAGCUGCGAGCAGACUCUGGUCCUCUGAGGGACUUCAUGGUCGGCCUGCCGUCCCACAUUAAAGAUGCCCUCCUCUGUCUUGCGUCCUCUUGGGAAGGCGCCGGCGCUGCAGGCCAACCCGGCCAGCGUUCCCGCUCUGGAGCUCAAACUGGGAGCUCUGGCGGUGCUGCUGUCCGUCACGCUGCUGUUCGGCUUCGCUCCGCUGUGCAUCAUCCGGCGGGCUGGACGCUGCAGCGUGGAUCCAGAUGUGCGUCGGCUGCUGCUCAGCCUGAUGAGCUGUUUUGCUGGAGGUGUUUUCUUUGCCACCUGCCUGCUGGACCUGCUGCCAGAUUACCUGCAGAGCAUCAGUGAAGCCUUCAGCAACGCCGGCAUCACACUGCAGUUCCCUCUGCCGGAGUUUAUCGUGGCGAUGGGUUUCUUUCUGGUCCUGGUCCUGGAGCAGAUCGUCUUGGCCUUCAAGGAUCGGUCGUCUUCCCAUCAGGAGGAGCGUCGCACUCUGCUCGCCGACUCCAGCAUCCAGCCCCGCCGCCGGAGCUCCGACGGUCACAGCCACGCGGACCUGAGCUCGCAGUCGGCCCUUCGCGCCUUCAUCCUGGUGUUCUCGCUGUCGCUGCACUCGGUGUUCGAGGGCCUGGCGGUGGGGCUGCUGGAGAACGCCGGGGACAUCCUGGAGAUUUGCCUGGCGAUGAUGAUCCACAAGAGCAUCGUGUCCUUCAGCCUGACCGUGAAGCUGUCGCAGGGCCGGCUGCGGCGCUCAGCGGUGGCCGGCUGCCUGCUGCUGUUUGCCGCCAUGUCGCCGCUGGGCAUUGCCGUGGGCGUCGCCCUCACGGAGACCAAGACGUCGCCGCAGCACCAGCUGGCCCGCUGUGCUCUGGAGGGGCUGGCAGGGGGAACCUUCUUCUACAUCACCUUCAUGGAGAUCCUGCCACACGAGCUCGUCAACCCCGCCAACCGCAUCCCCAAGGUGGCCAUGUUGCUGGUGGGCUUCGCUGUGGUCACUGCUGUGCUCUUCAUCAAACUGUAACCACGGCAACACCCACGCCGACAAACUUUUUAAAAAUGUUUUGAUCUCCAAUAUAAUUUAGAUUCAUCACAUGUUCUAGAAAAUAAUCCACAGAAAUGAGAAGGUGCAGCCUGGAACUCCUAUUAAAUGCACAUGAUAUAUUUUUAAUCUGUAUUUUUGAUGGCAAAAAGAAGAGAACGGCACACCUUCACCUCCUGAAGUCCACUUUUUAUUUAUUUGAUUUGAUUUUUAAAAUUCGCUUGAACAAUUUUUGACCUUCCUGACACAUUUCCCACCAUUUCUUUUGGUAAUUCUGUACCAUUUUUGUGUAAUUUUGGAUAUUUUUUAAAAAAUAAUUUAGAAAAUUCCUGAGUCAUUUCAAUCUUUUGGAGGCAUUUUGCAUUAUUUUUGAGGUGUUUUGGACAAUUUGUGGGGUAUUUUGAACAGAUUUUGGAUUUUUUAUUAUUUGUUUUAGAAAAAUAUUAUAUUUUAGAGCAUUUUUCAGCCCUUUGGGGCAGUUCUGAGUCAUUUUGGACAAUUUUUAAGUUACUUUAGACCAUUUUGAGCCCUUUUGGACUAUUCUGAGAUACUUCAGACAGUUUCGUGAGUAUUUUUGGGACUUGGUCAGAGCUGCUCUGUGACUCUGCACUCAGUUGCUCUUCCUUAGUGACUCAGAUGUUGGGCACAGAGUCUGUACUUUUAGGAACUGAAUCUGAAUCAUGGAAACUGAUUGUUGACAGUUGAAUUUUCAGUGAGUACCAAAUAUAUUUUCCAAAACUUGUCCAAAAACAAUUAAAAUUGUCUAAAAUGACUCCGUUUCUCCACAUGGUGUCAAAAAUUAUACAACUCAAUUCAGUUUCAAAUAAUUACAUUUAACUUCUAAUAUACUGGAAUUCAGUUUAAAUUCGGAUCUUAUUCACAAUAAGUUAAGCUGAAAAAUUCAUUGAUUCAGUUUUCAGUGACACAUGAUUCUACCCACAUUGUUCUUUGUUACUGCAUAGAGCUGCAACAAGUAAUCGAUUAGUUAUCGAUUUUCAAACUACUAUUAUAUCUGUACAUUUUGCCUUCUUUAGCACAACAACUGACAACUAUUUUCAUCCGUGAUGCUGAUCUGCUGAUUAUUUAUUUAAUUAUAUUCAUUGUUUUGUCUCUAAAAUAUCACUGGAUGAUGAAAAUGUCCAUCACAGUACCGUAAAGCUAAAAGAGAUGUCUUUAAAAAACACUUUUUUUGUUCAAGCAUCAGUCAGAAUCUCAGUAAAAUUAAUUGCCAGCUGCUUUUUCUACAGACUAGAAUCAGUAUUUUUUUAUAUAAGAACAUCAUAAAUUCUGUGAUUGCAGUUUCUUAAAUGUGAAUAUUUUCGGAUUUCUUUCCUCCUUUAUGACAGUAAACUGAAUAUCUUUGGUCAAAACAAGACAUUUGAGGAAACACAGAUCCACAUUAUGUCGACACUGUGAGUGAACAGCUGAUCGAUUUGUUCAGAGAAUAAAACUUCCCCUCCUCGCUGGGAUCUCUCAGCAGUAUUUUCUGUCAAUUUCCUGGAAAUAAUGCAAUUUAAACUUUUAAACUUCUUGAAAAUCCAAACCACAAUCUGACUCUGCAGCUUUGCAAAUAAAACUCUUUUCCUAAUAAAACAACCAGAUUUAUAGCAAAUUUACUUGAGUAUCAGCUGUUUCCACGGCGAUAUAAUCUGCCUCACAGCACAGCUUCAUUUAGUCUGUUUUGUAUAGAAGAGCUACAAGGACUGAGGCAUUAGAAAAUACUGAAAACGAGGAGUUAAUGAAGGUGCAAAAAUGUCUGAGUGGAGAAGCUAAAAUGAGCUAAUAACAGAUGUGAGUGUGACGAGUUCAGAGUUCAGCUGUUCAGGUUUCAGACGUGAAUCUGUGACCUGACUUCACUUCAGAGGAAGAAACUGGAAUCAUAGCAAGCUGCUUGAUGUCGUUCCUGCAGGACUUGAUGGACUCUUACUGAUGAUGAAUGCUGAGGCAUUGCUAUGACGACAGCCAGAUGUUUGUGUCCUCUGCUGUGUGUUUCUGUGAUUAUUCCACCAAAGUCUGUUUCAUGACUGCACAAUCUGGAACGUGUUUUGUACUGUGAUGAUUUGCUAGACAAAAGAAAAAUUGCGAAAAUAAUGUGUCAUAUCUGUAACAGAAUAUAAACAUUUUCAAGAAAAAGAAGAAGAAGGCUGCAUCAUUUGUUUGUUUUGAAAUAAUAAUUACCGUUGCUGCUGUGCAAAAGUGUUAAAAUGAUGGAAAAGAAAAGUUUCAAAAUUAACAUAAAAAUAUUAAUAUUUCAAUCA